AGCUACGACCCAUGUAUUUCUAAUCACUUCGACUUCAUAAGAGCUCGAGUAAACGUUUGUGUUACCUUUUUUGUAGUGUGUACAAAACUAAAUUAUUUACAAAAUGGCCGAUGAUGAUGUUGCUGCUUUAGUUGUCGACAAUGGAUCUGGUAUGUGCAAAGCUGGGUUUGCUGGAGAUGAUGCUCCAAGAGCUGUCUUUCCCUCAAUCGUCGGACGUCCCCGUCAUCAGGGAGUCAUGGUUGGUAUGGGACAAAAAGAUUCUUACGUCGGAGAUGAAGCCCAAAGCAAACGUGGUAUUCUCACCUUGAAAUACCCAAUCGAACACGGAAUCGUCACCAACUGGGAUGAUAUGGAAAAGAUCUGGCAUCACACUUUCUACAAUGAACUCCGUGUAGCCCCUGAAGAACAUCCAGUUCUCCUUACCGAAGCUCCAUUGAACCCAAAAGCCAACAGAGAAAAAAUGACACAGAUUAUGUUUGAAACCUUCAACUCACCUGCUAUGUAUGUUGCCAUCCAAGCUGUCUUAUCCUUGUACGCUUCUGGUCGUACCACUGGUAUUGUCCUCGAUUCUGGUGAUGGUGUCUCCCACACUGUCCCAAUCUAUGAAGGUUACGCCCUUCCCCAUGCCAUCAUCCGUUUGGAUUUGGCUGGACGUGAUUUAACCGACUACAUGAUGAAAAUCUUAACCGAACGUGGUUACUCAUUUACCACCACUGCCGAACGUGAAAUCGUUCGUGACAUCAAAGAAAAACUCGCUUACGUCGCUUUGGACUUUGAACAAGAAAUGCAAACCGCUGCCAGCAGCUCAAGCUUGGAAAAAUCAUACGAAUUGCCUGAUGGACAAGUCAUCACCAUUGGCAACGAACGAUUCAGAUGCCCAGAAACUCUCUUCCAACCAUCCUUCAUUGGUAUGGAAUCUGCUGGUAUCCACGAGACCACUUACAACUCCAUCAUGAAAUGUGACGUGGACAUCCGUAAAGAUUUGUACGCCAACACUGUCUUAUCUGGUGGUACGACUAUGUUCCCUGGUAUUGCUGAUCGUAUGCAAAAAGAAAUCUCUGCUCUUGCACCACCAACCAUGAAAAUAAAGAUCAUUGCUCCACCAGAGCGAAAAUACUCUGUAUGGAUUGGAGGAUCCAUCUUGGCUUCUCUGUCCACCUUCCAACAGAUGUGGAUCUCCAAGCAAGAAUACGACGAAUCUGGUCCAUCCAUCGUCCACAGAAAAUGCUUUUAAGUUUUUUCUAAAUUUAGAACUUUUUGAAUAAGGUCAUGGGAACUCUAAUUCUUAAAAUUUACCAACUUAUUUUCCCAUUGUCAGGUAAAACUUUUUUGCCGAAAUUUUUCGAAGAGUCUUCCUAAUCAGUUGCAAAAAAUAAAAUAACAAAGUAACUUAUUUUCGUUUCGUUAUUUUGUAAGUAGGAUGUUUUACCUGUAAAAAGAUAUUUGUAUAAAACACGCUACGAAGGUAUACACAAAGAGAAAUUAUAGAAAA